AAGUUAUGGGUAGUAUAGAAAAGCGUGAGAACAAGAGUCACAACCCAUGUGGAGGGAGACAGUAAGUUUCAAAGCUUUGGCAAAAAAAUAUUUUCUCAUAUCACUCAGAAACAAUUUUCUCUCGGCAACACUAUGGAUUCAGAGUUAGAGCUCAUAUCACUCAUUUCUCAACUAAUAAGUCUUCCCAAGAUUCUGGAUUCGAAAUGGAAUUCAGUUACUCAUUCGGAGAUUAUAUCACUCAUUGCUCAAAUAAUCUCUCUGGUCAGCUCAAUGGAUUUGCAUUCACAGCCGAAGCCAGAGUCGGAGUUCAUGUCACUAGUUACUCAAGCAAUCUCACUCUUUGACUCCAUGGAUUUAAAUCCCGAGCUGAGCCCACUGUCGGAGCUCAUAUCACUCCUUUCUCAAAUCAUUUCUACGGAUUCGGAUUCGGAUUCGAAUAGGAAGGUGGAGUGGGACCUCGAUAGACCUCUAUGUGAAACAUUAUUCGGUCAGCCAGAGCCAGAACUCGUGUCCCUCAUCUAUCAAAUCUUCUCCCUCGUCAGCUCUAUCAAUUCAAAGUCGGAGAAGUUUAUUUCCUUGUGUCCUCAACUAUUAGUAGAAUUGGAAAAAGGAAAUUUUCAUGUGAGUGAAUAUUUCCAGCCUUGGGGUAAGUGGUAUUGUCUCCCUGGAAACUGGGUGAAAUUCAAGUUUACAGGAGAAGACGCUACUUAUUUUGGCUGUAAAGGAUGCAACGGCAAGAACCAUGAAGAAUAUGAACAGGCUCCGGAUGAGAUCAAACACCAUCUCCACCGAAAACAUUCUCUCCAGCUUGUCUUUUUCAGUGAAGGCAAAGAGAGGAAAUGCUAUUGUUGCGAUGAUGAUCUCGAAAAGGUAAUUUAUUGUUGCGUGUCCUGUGAUUAUGCUAUGAAUAUGGCUUGUGCGAAGAAACCACCAGUCUUAUCUAUAGACCAUCCGAAGUGGCAUGAGCAUACUCUUGUUCUGUUUCCAAGACGUGCUUUCUUAACUUGCAACCUUUGCGGCUUGGCUGAUGCAAGAUCUCCUCUUUAUAUGUGUCCCCCUUGUGACUUUGUGGUCCAUCUAAGAUGUAUCGACUUACCACGUGUCAUAAGGAUCUCACGGCAUCACCAUCGUAUCUCUUUUACCCCUUCUUUUGACCAAGAAAGAUUGUCUUGUGGUGUUUGUCAAAAAAACAUCGACAAUGAUUAUGGGGGAUAUUCUUGCAUCAAGGAGGGUUGUUUUUAUGCAGCACAUUCAAAAUGUGCUACACAAAGAAAUGUGUGGGAUGGUAAAGAACUUGAGGGAGAGCAAGAAGAAGAAAUUAAAGAAGUUGAGCCAUUUGUCAAGAUAAGCGAUGGAAUCAUACAACAUUUUAGUCAUCAACAUCAUCAUUUGAGACUUGAUGACAACAUAAAUAGAGACUACGAUGAGAACAAGGAGUGUCAAGCAUGCAUCAGGCCAAUCUAUUUUGGUAACUUCUACUCAUGCAUGCAGUGUGAGUUUAUUCUCCACGAAGAAUGUGCAAAUCUUUUUCGCCAAAUUUAUCAUCCUAUACAUCCACAUAUGCUCAGUCUAGGAUAUGACAAUAUUGUAGACCAUGAGGUUAUGUGUGCAGCUUACCCUUCGUUGUGGACAGCCGGUUUCUUCUACGAGUGUGGUAAAGAAGGAUGUGAUUUCAAGCUACCUGUGCAGUUCGCCACAACAUCUGAGCCACUAGUCCAUGAAAGCCAUAUGCAUCCUUUAUUCCUAACAUCCAAACCUGAAGAGGAUCCAAGAAGAUGUUCGGUUUGCAAAGAGAGCAGAUAUGCUAGGACAAAUGAAACAUUCAAUUGCAUUGAGUGUGACUUUGCUUUAUGUUUUGUAUGCGCUACUUUACCUCAAAAGGUGAGGUAUAAGCAUGAUAAGCAUGUGCUCACUCUUUUUUAUGGGAACGAGACAAGUACCAUAACGUAUUGGUGCGAAAUUUGCGAGGGAACAAUAGAUCCAACAAAGCGGUUUUAUGUGUGUGAUGAGUACUGUUGUCUCACUCUACACAUUAAAUGUUUGCUUGGGUGGGACUUAUACAUGAAGCAUGGUUCAUCUUCAUUUUAUUUAGAGAAAACGGUAGACGUUCUGUCCAAUAAUCAUCAUAUGACUCGACCUAUUUGCUGCUAUUGUGAGAAGCGUUGUCCAUACAAAAUAUGUUUGGAGUGGUCUGGAUCAAUAUAUUGUUCGUCAGAUUGUAUUUUUACUUUCUUGAUAUUUUAA